UUCUAUAUACACCCCCUCCCGCUUUUAUUCAGCAUUUCCAAGAUUUAGGCUUUUGAUCUCCAGCUUGACUUGGCAACGCGGAAUCUCAGGAGAAAAAAAGAAGAAAGAAAAAAUCCAAGUUGAUUUGAGGUAAGGGACUAAGGGGUGUUUGAUCCAUUUACUAGUUUUGAAGCUGUUUGUCGGAGUUAAGAGAAUAAUGUUAAACUCCGGGAAUAAUUUAAGCAGGGGUAGUACAAUCCAAUCAUCAGAAAUGCCACCUUUGCCCCAAUGUUUACCUUUGGAACCUAUAACGUUAGGCAAUCAGAAAUAUCCACGCCCUGGAGAGCUAAGACGGGUUCUUGGUGUUCCUAGCACAUCUGAGGAACAUUCUUUUGGAGUUUCUCAUUCUAAAAUUCCAGCACCUGUGGGAACAGAUGAACUGAAGCAUUUGAAAAAAAGCGUACAAGAUGGCUCUAGAAAGGCAAGGGAUAGGGCAAAUAUGCUGCGUGAAUCCAUAUUCAAAUUGGAUAAGUAUAGAGAAGCCUUAACCUCAAAGAAGAGGCAACGAAGUGAUCUUUCAUCAAGUGAGAGGUCCAGUGGAAUAACAUUAGUAAAAUUGGGAAGCCAGGUUCAUAGGAAUUCUCAUGAUACCAUUAACCAGAGAUUGGAAGACAAGGCAAAGAGUGUUGGGUUAAAUAAACGUGUUCGGACUGCAGUGGCUGACGUGCGGGCAGAUAGUAGGUCAGCUGCCAUCUCAAGGACUCAGAUAUUCGCAGACAAGGAUGGGAGUUCAGUCCAGGCUGUUAGUGUGGGUUCUAUGCGGGUUGAAGAAAAGACCCGUAGACUGCUUGCUGGAGGUGAAGGCUUGGAUCAAAGGAUUAAAAAGAAACGAUCUGUGGGAGCAGUAGGUAAUAGAAUUAUAAAUGUCGAUCGAGAUGCAAAACGAGCUGUGCAGCCAAAAAUGACUGCUGAUUCCAAAUUGCGAUCUUGUGAUGCUCAUGGUUUCAGAUCGAAAUCGUCCCCUGGAGUCAGCAGAAUCAACAAGUUGGAUGGUUCUUUUGAGCCUACUAAUUCAGAAGCAAGUAUAGUCCUCAAGAGUGAACCAGAAAUAGCUCCUCUUCCGAGGGAUCGUAUGGCUGUAUUAGAGCAGAGGGUUCUGCCAAAAGGAAGCAAUAAGCCUAACAUUCAGGAAGGUAACUCAGCUGGGGGCCCUAAUACAGUAACUAAAGGAAAGGUUUCUAGGGCUCCACGAACUGGUUCUGUCAUGGCACUAGAAUCAUCUCCUAAUGCCCACCCUCAAUCAGGAGCUCUUCAAGAUUGGGAACAGCCUACAGGUCUAAAUAAAGUCCCAGCGGUAGGUAUGUCUGGAAAUCAAAAACGUCAAGUGUCGACAGGUUCAUCCAUACAUCAUAUGGCUGGGUGGGGUGGCCAAAGAUCAAAUAAGAACUCACGUUCAAGGAGAACCAAUUUAGUUCCUCCGGUUCCCAAUAAUGCUGAAGCACAGAUUUCAUCUCAGGACUUUACAAACCCUGAUUUAAAUGCUAGAACUUCCUGUGUUGGGACAAAUGGAUCAGUGCUAGCAAGCAGUACAGAUGAUAGUACCCCAAAAUUUAAAAGUGAAACCGAGAAUGUUGCAUCUCUAUAUAGCUUAUCUGAAAGUGAAGAAUCUGGAGCAGGGGAGAACAAGAUAAAAGAAAGAAGAAUUGACAGUGGUUCGGCUGCCUUGACUACACCUCAUAAAGUAGGAGCUUUUAUAUUGCCCAUAAAAAAGAAUAAAAUACCAACAGGUGAAAUUGGAGAUGGUGUUCGAAGACAAGGAAGGAGUGGAAGAGGUUCAUCCUUAACAAGGCCAGCCAUUCGUCCAAUGUUGGACAAGUCAGAGUCUCCACCUACAGCAAAGCCACUCCAGAACGUUAUGCCUAUUUCUGAUAAGAAUAGAAGUAAAACUGGUCGUCCUCCUUCGAAAAAGCUGAAAGAUCGCAAAGCUUCAACUCGACUUGGGCCAACGGUACGAAAUGGAACUUCAGAUUUCACAGGUGAAUCUGAUGAUGAUCAUGAAGAACUGUAUUUGGCUGCUGAUUCUGCUCGUAAUGCUAGUAGUCUUGCCUGUUCUAGUGCAUUCUGGAAGAAAAUGGAAUAUAUAUUUGCUUCUACCAGUUCAGACGACACAUCCUACUUGCAGCAACAGCUUGGUGUUGCUGAGGAGCUCGGGGAGAGUUUAUCUCAGAUGUUUGGUGCAGCGGAUGUUGUAAAUAAGGAGUUCCACAAUAGUUGUGGAGAAAGACAAGAUGCUUUUUGUAGAAGAUUGGACACUAGAAGGUUCAAUAAUGUUAUUCCACUAUGCCAAAGGGUUCUUUCUGCUUUCAUCGAAGAAGAUGAAAGUGAAGAACUUUACCACUAUAGCGAAGGAAAAAAUAUGUCUCUACAGUCUGCCAGUGAUGAUUCUCACUGUGGUUCAUGUAACCAAAUUGACAUAGAACCCAAAGAUAAGGACCGAAUGGAAACUGAAGUAGAGUCAAAUGUGGAAUUCAAUAUCCAGAAGAACUCGUUGCUGGACAGAAUUUCUUGUGAUAGUGGUGCUGCAACUAAUGUAUUGCGGAACUCAGCCAUGUACGGUUCUUUGCUUGGCAAUGAAAAGUGUCUGGGUGAUGAUGAAUUUUCGCAUUCUGAUGUGGGGAAUGGGAGUGAAAUAUGUUCAAAUGAUCUUGGUCAGAUGCAACCUCAGGAUUUGCACAUUCUUGGCUUUCCUUCUUCUGAUUGCCAAUAUCAGCUGAUGUGCCUAGAUGACAGGGUUCUGUUGGAGCUGCAGAGUAUCGGCUUAUAUCCAGAGAAAUUGCCUGACCUAGCAGAGGGAGAAGAACUGAUUAAUGAAUAUAUUACAGAACUUCAGGAAGAGCUUCACAAACAGAUUGGAAGGAAGAAGAAAAACUUGGGGAAAAUCGAUAGGGCUAUUCAGAAAGGGAGAGAUGUAGAAAGAAGGAAAGUUGAACAAAUAGCAAUGGACCAACUUGUUGAGAUGGCUUACAAAAAACGAGUGGCUUGCCGUGGGAGCAAUGCUUCAAAAGGUGCAGUUCGCAAAGUGUCAAAACAAGUUGCAUUGGCUUUUGUCAAGCGCACACUUGACAGAUGUCAGAAAUUUGAAGAAACUGGCAAUAGUUGCUUUACUGAUCCUGUGCUUCGAGAUGUAAUGUUCUCUGCUCCAUCAUGCAACAGUGAUAUAAAGUCUAUUGAUUGUAUAGGCUCGGGAACUGCUAGUAAUACAUGCAAUGAAGUUUCCCAUCAAGCAGAAGUUAGAGGAUCAGGUGCCAUUUCUAGUGAGUUUGAGAGAUAUGAUUCCCACUGUGAUAAUGCUGAUAGAGGUUCAUUGGAGGGUUCCCGAGCUGUCUUUCACUUGUCUGAGCGAGCUUCUUACAAGCAGGGAUCCAUAUUGAACAGGGUAAAGAAAAGAGAAGUGCUGAUUGAUGAUGUUGUCGGAAGUGCUUCUUCGAGGGUGACUUCUGCUUUGGAAAGUACUGUUAUUGAUGGAAAGGGGAAGAGAAGUGAGAGAGAUAGGGAUCAAAAAAGAGAUAUUGUGAGAAACAAUUCCCUCUCAGGAGGUUGUUCAUCAAUGGAUAGCAUCCAGACUGAACGCAAAACAAAAGUAAAGUCCAAGCAAAAGAACACUGUUCUAUCAACUCCGACAAGUGGAUUUCAUAGUCAGAAUAUGGAAGGAGAGGAACCUUCUCAUGGAUCGAAACAAACAGUGGUUAAUAGAAAAAGCAAGUCCUUGUUGCCUAAAGAUUCACCUAAAGAGGCAGAGGAACCUGUUGAUUUUACUGACUUGAAACUUCAUGAAUUAGAUUCCAUGGAGGAGCUUGGAGUUUCCUCCCAUGAUGAUGACCUUGGUGAGCAUCAAGAUUUUGGUUCUUGGUUGAAUUUUGAUGAAGAUGGGUUGCAGGACCAUGACUCCAUUGGUCUUGAGAUACCAAUGGAUGAUCUUUCAGAGUUGAACAUGCUUAUGUAAUGUUCUCCUUUUGGUGGAAUGGUUUCUAAUCUCUAUUAUCUAAAGCCAUUUUCAGGAUCCAAAUUAACCUCUCUAGAUGAAGCAGUCAAAUUAGAAGUUUUUUUGGGGGGAAAUAGUCGAAUUGGAAGUUGUAAAUAUUAAUGGUUCUGCAAUAAAUCUCACAUUUCGCUUCAA